UUGAAAAAAAGAAAAAAAAAACACGUUUUCUGAUGACAGUAUCCCUUUAAUGGCUUACACUAACAGCCCUAGAACAAAUGGAGCUGACAGAUCAUAGAUUCCUGCAAACGCCUCUUACAUGCUUCUUCUUAAGAUGAACACUUUCCUUACAGACUGCAGCAAUGUGUAAAAGUGAAAUCUUCAGCUGGAAAAUGGCAGGUAUGACAGUGAGUGGCUGUCAGAGUGCUGUGCUGGUUGCAGGCGUGUGAUAUGAUCUACGCAGCCAAACAUCCUUGAUUCGGUGUAUGGAAAUGUUACUACAUCUACUCUGCUCUCUGGCAGUACAUGAAGGUGGAACAAUGACAUCUUGGUGGCCAUGGUGUAACGAAUGACAAAACACAAUGCACACGAGUAUGAAGGCUGCAGGGACUGGACUGCAGCAGAUUCGCUUCUGUGCUACUUUCCUGCCAGUGCAAAGCCCGCGGAUUUCUUUUGUAGCCUCCAAAGCCCUCGCUGUCCCACUGAUAUCUUGCCCCAUAACCUUUUCUCUCUCUGGGAUAAGAGCUGGAGGAAAUGGAUGGAAGUGAGCAAGUCAAAUGAAAGCCUUAAGAGAAUAUCCCCCAGAUAGACAGGAGUGUGCCUGAGAUAUCAGGGGCUGUUUUGGGACAAUCGCUGCAACCAGUAUGCAGAAAAUCGCUGUCAGAGACAGAGACGUUUCCCAGGCAGGCGACUGUACAAUCACUGGGAAACGCUUGGAAGUCGAUUUUAUUAAUAACUUUGCUUAUUGAGACGCUGGAAGCACAGAAUGAAAGCUCCCUAAAAGCCCGACACGGACAAGAAAAUAAUGGGCGUGGCUACGCUUUGUCCAAUUAGAACUCAAUUUUACAAUAAAACUCAGCCAAUCAACAGACAGAACACCUUGUAUAUAAGGAGAAGUGGAAAGUCCAAGCUCCGUGUUUAUCUUUUGUAAAAGAACGACAGAGAAUCUGCAAUGGCUGAAGCCGCCGAAUCCGCGCCCGCUCCUCCCCCGGCUGAGCCCGCGGCCAAGAAAAAGAAACAGCAGCCCAAGAAAGCAGCAGCAGCAGCGGGGGCCGCUAAAUCCAAGAAGCCCUCGUCUGGACCCAGUGUGUCCGAGCAGAUCGUCACAGCCGUGUCCGCUUCCAAGGAGCGCAGCGGGGUGUCUCUGGCAGCGCUCAAGAAGACUCUGGCUGCGGGAGGCUACGAUGUGGACAAGAACAACAGCCGCCUCAAGCUGGCUCUCAAGGCUCUGGUCACCAAGGAGACCCUGCUCCAAGUCAAAGGCAGCGGAGCCUCCGGUUCCUUCAAGCUCAACAAGAAGCAGCUGCAGAGCAAGGACAAGGCCGCCGCCAAGAAGAAGGCGCCGCUAGCAGCGGCCAAAGCCAAGAAACCAGCGGCAGCAGCCAAGAAGACAGCCAAGUCCCCGAAGAAGCCCAAGAAGGUCUCGGCAGCCGCCAAGAGCCCAAAGAAGCUCAAGAAACCCGCAAAGGCCGCCAAGAGUCCCGCUAAAAAGCCCAAAGCCGCCAAGCCCAAGAAGGCCACCAAGAGCCCCGCUAAAAAGACCGCCGUCAAGCCCAAAGUUGCUGCCAAAAGCCCCGCAAAGGCCAAAGCAGCCAGACCCAAAGUGGCCAAAGCCAAGAAAGCCGCCCCCAAGAAGAAAUGAGCAGCUCGCUCGCUCGCUCGCUCACUAGUGGCCCAUUCAACCAAAGGCUCUUUUAAGAGCCACCA